UAGGAGAAACUGAAACUGGGUGUGCUGGGGGCGGAGUGGUCACUGGGGAUUUAAAGAGUCACCACUUCCUUGAGCCUCCAGAGGGCACUGGGAGGGCAAAGCUGCUGAGGGGACACACAGGACCAGAUUGAACCUCUGCUCCCCCUGCCUAAGCCAUGCAACUCUGUGGGAGUGGUGCGCUGCUGACUGGGACAGACCCUGAGGAGUGUCAGAAGCAGUUGAAGAAGAAGCAGAAGAACCGGCUGGCUGCCCAGCGCAGCCGACAGAAGCACACCGACAAGGCAGAUGCUCUGCAUCAGCAGCAUGAGUCCUUGGAGAAACACAACCAUGCCCUUCGGAAGGAGAUCCAGGUCUUGCAGGAUGAGCUGGCACGAUGGGGCCGGACGCUGCAUCUCCAUGAACGCCUGUGCCGAGUGGACUGUGGCUCCUGCCCUGCUCUGCUGCCCCCUGGAUGCCCAGUCCAGGCUGAGCAAUGCUCAGGACAACCUGCCUCCUAUGGAUACCCUGGCUCUCAGGAACAGCUGGGCCUGCUCCAGACUCCUGGCUCCUCUUCCCGAGCCCAUCAACGCACUCCAGGUCCAUGCUUACAUGAGUCUCUUGGCCUCCUUCCUUCUCCACUGCCCUCACUGCCUGUUGACUCUCUUAUAGUGAGGUCCCCUCUAACCCAGCUAUCCCCCAGCCCUGUACUGCCCGCAUCACCCCCUGAUUCCAGCCUUCUGGGGUCUUUCUCUAAGUUUGAUGCCCUCAUGCCCAGCCCCCCAGACCAGGUGGUUUCUCCACAGACCCUCAGGCUGGCAUCCUCCUCUAACCCUCCAGCUGCUCUGGGACCAGAGUGUCUACAAAAGAUAGAGCGCUUGCCUGCACUGUCUGGCUCCUCGGCAGAUUGGCAGAAGCUGUCUGUGGACCCUAGCCCACACCCUCUCACAGCCUUUCCACUGCUCUCUUCUGCAAAAGUCCAAUUCUAGGCCGUAUCUAGAGUUGGGCUGCCUUCCCUAGGUUCUUGAAGCAGCCUCAGCACCCAGGUAGCUCCUCUAUUUCUGAUCGAGUUACUAAGUGCCUAACGCUGUGGACCAAGCAAAGCCAUCCUCUCCCUCACCAGUGGCUACAGAAAAUGAAAUGAUGAUUGGGGUAGGGGGUGACACAAGAGCCUUGAACCUGGCUGUCAUGUUGCCUGUGUUUUUCUUGGUGGCUCUCCCAGCCCUGUAUGGUACCAGAUCCCAUUAUCCUCGGUCUCCCCUAAAGUGGUUCCUUCAUGACUCUUGGGACUGGGGCCAUGACAGCUGGGAGCGUGGGUGGGAGCUGUGCAGGGCUAUUAGCUCUGAAAGGGCAGUCAUUCAUACUCAGUACCCCAAAGUGCCUUGAACUCUUCACCAUGUCUUCACACAUGGAGCUGAGUGAGAUGGUGUGUCAGAAGUGGACUCGUUCCUGCUCUUGGGUUAGAACACACAUCUUGGCACAUGUAAAGUGUUUCCCAGGCCUCUUUGCUUUUCCAGAUUGUUGAGAACUGGUUAUAUUCUGUUGAUUAUAUGUAUUAUAUAAACAUAUAUAUCUAUAUAAAUGUGUGUGUGUGUAUGUGUGAGAGAGAA